AUGGCAUUUGCAUCUUCAUCAUCCUCGGUCAUGCGAUCAACCAGACAGUUGGUCAAUCCUCUGUUAUCCGGUAGAGUGACCGGAUCUUCUAGAGCGAAGAGAACGCUUUUCGAUGUCAAAAGACAAUAUUCAGCAGUAGCUACAGCAGAAAUACCAUCUUCCUCGUCAUCAUCAUCUUCUUCUUCUUCUUCUUCUUCAUCGUCAACACCUUACUCCAUAAACUCGAGAUCGAAUUCAUUCCCUCGUCAACCAAGAUCAAAUUAUAAUCGACCAAUAAACUCUGAUUACAAUUCGAAACCGGAAAGAUCUAUAACACCACAAGAAGCCCAAAGUUUUCUAACAUCCAUUUUGAAUUUACCUUUAACAAAUCAAUUAUCACCUGAAUUAUCCUUAAAAAUCCUUACACAUAAAUCAUAUCGUUAUUCCCAUCCCAUACGUCACCUAUCAUCGUCCUCUAUCACGGAAAACGUAGGGGAAGAAGUGAACAAUCAAUCAAUCGGAUCUGAACCACAUAACUCAAGAUUGUCAUUCAUUGGUAGAAGAGCAUUAUCAAUGUAUUGGAAUAUAUUCAUACAUGAUGCAUAUAAAGGAAAAGCUCUUUCAAUAGAUGGGAACGAUUUCUUGGGUGGAAAAUCAUUAAGUGAUAAAAUAGAUAACUUGAGAGAUGCUAGAAAUUUAGGUAGAACGGUUGCUCCAGUUUGGAAACUUGGUCAAGUAACUAGAUGGGAUAAGAAUCAGACAUCACGUGAAUCAGGCGAUGCCAAGAUAUUAGGAAUGACAGUAGAAUCUAUACUAGGAGGAAUAUUCACUCAAUAUGGUUCACCAGCAGCACAUCGUUUAUUCCAUUUAAACAUCUUACCUCAAUUCAUACCUCAAUUGAAAGAUCCAAAGCUCGUUGAAAGAGUUUUGAACCUGAGAGAUGAAUUAGAGAAAACAGGUAGUGGUAACGGUAACGGUAAUGGCAAUGGCAAUGGUAUUUUGAGAAUAUAA